UCGGUAUGCGGUCACGUUGUUCCAAUAGCAAAAUUUUCAGCAACAGAUGGAAAUCUGUGUUUUCGUGCUGUUUUUUUUGUGAUAAAUUUAUUAAUAAACGCUUUUUGGCUUUUCCAACGGGAAAAAUGACGUGCCUAAAUUGACGGGCUUAUGUAAUAAUCAUGAAGCAGUGUGCGCGCAUUGAGAAUUGAAUAUUCUGCCUUACAUCGAUCACCGGAUACGGAUUACAACAAACAGUAAAAGCUUUGAAUAUUCAUUUUAUGAAUUAUUAUGACAGCCACAGCCAGCGAGGCAAGCAAAAUGCUUGAGGCAGCAUUGCAACAAAUGGAUGGCAUUAUUUCAAAUUCGACAACAGCGAGCGUUGGUCCGACAACUCAGAUACAGGCUCAAAUAAUACCGGGAGCAGCAACGGCAGCCUUUUGUGAGCGUAACUUGAUUUCGGCCACAAAUGUUUUAUCAACAGCCAAGACAUUGGCGCUGGCUUUGCAACAGGUGGGCUUAGCGGCGCCAGCACCUGACCCCGUAACCGCGGCAAUCAUAAGCGAUUGGUUGGAAACGCAUAUUCCACGCCAGGAUUCUGAUGAGCGAAUGCGACGUUUGCAACGCGAUAAGGAAGGAUUGGCGCUGCAGUAUCAAAUGCUUGCGGAACGCGUCUCCGAGCAGGCAGACAGAAUAAUCGAACUAGAAGGAUUGCUAACUGACAAGUCGCAACAAUUGUGUACCAAGGAGGAGCAAUUGCAACGUCAAAUGAUAUCGAGAUCGGCGUUGGAGACUCAAAAGCUGGAAUUGAUGAGUGCCUUAAGUGAACUCAAACUGCACCGCGCUGCCUUGGAGUGUGAGAACGAGCUGCAUGCCAAUGAUAGUACUACGAUGCCCUACGGCAGUAUGGGAAAUCUCAAUCAAAAGGGAUACGCAGCUGAUGGUUCAAUGGCACCGAAAACUCCACCCUCGGCUUUGCGUCAUCAGAUCAAGCCACAAUUUCAUAGUUUACCACGCUCACAUGGCGCAGCCAACAAACAGCGUCUGCCACCCAACAAUAAUAAUAAUAGCCGUGUGCUGGAUGUUAAUGCCAACAGCAGCGGAAAACAGCGUAAUGUGGCAUUCGCUUCCAACGAACAAAUUCUAAUUGACGACAGUGUGCUGAGCGUUGAUGGUGCUGCUCCAAUUGGUGAUGAUAUGUCGAUGUACUCGAGCUUUAGAUCGCAAUCACAGAUGACACCAUCGCCCAAGCUUCGGGAUCGGUCUGUGCGUGGCAUUCGCAAUAUAUUGGGAAAGCUGCGACGCAGCAACAGCAGCAAUUGUGAACUGACUGCACUGGAGCAAGCAGAACCCGAUGAGUUUCGACGUGGUGGCGCGCGAGCAACAGCAGGCGGUCGCAUCGAAUGGAGCGCUCAGACGCCACUGUUUAGCGACGCGACCAAACAUUACAGCAGCUGGAAUGCACAGGAAGUGUGCAAUUGGUUGACGCAUAUGGGCCUGGGCUGCUAUCAAGAUAAUUGCAGAAAGUGGCUGAAGAGCGAUCCAAGCGUGUGCUUCUUUACUGCAUCGCCCGUGGACAUUGAGCGUGAACUUCACCUUAAAUUGCCUUUACAUCGCAAAAAAAUCUUAUUGGCCAUUGACGAUAUAACAGGCAAGGAGUUUGAUGAGCUCACACUCAAAGCGGCCAACUUGGAUGCUGCUUGGGUGCUACGCUGGCUAGAUGACAUUGGUCUGCCCCAAUAUAAGGACUACUUCCUACAGGCCAAAGUCGAUGGUCGCAUGCUACAUCGCUUGACCCUCGAAGACCUCUCGCAGCUGCAUGUUAGCUCAUGCUUGCAUAUUGCAUCCCUACGCUGCGGUAUUUUGUGUAUGAGACGCUUAUCCUGGGACGCAGAGGGAUUGAUUCGCCGCUCCACGAAAUUGAACGAUAGCAAUGAUGAAGCCACUAGCUCAGAUAAGGAGAGCGUUGAUCUAUGGACUGCACACCGCGUUAUGGAGUGGUUGAAAACCAUCGACUUGUCGGAGUACGCACCAAACUUACGUGGUGCUGGUGUCCAUGGUGCAUUGAUGUUGUACGAGCCACGAUUCAACGCUGACUUGCUCGCGGAUUUACUUUCGAUUCCGCCGAGUAAAUCGUUGCUUCGUCGCCAUUUGGCAAUGCAUUUCAAGGAGCUCGUCGGACGUUUGAUCAUACAUAGCAAACGUGAUGCCGAAUCAGCUCCUGGCUAUUUGCCACUAACGAUUACGGCCAAAUUAAAGCCACCAAAGCGUUCGCAGUUUACAUUGAAACGUCGUAAGAGUACCAAGGGACAGAGCGAAGUCGAUUGGACUGACUUAGUGUGUCCCAUGAAUGCUGUUGUGCCAGUCACUUUUACUACGGAUCCGGGAAAAGAUCACGAAGGCUCGUUGAGCUCUAAUUGAGCGGAUGCAAGAGCGACACUGGAGAGCUAUGUAUGUAAGCCAAUAAUUGCGGAAAUCGCAACAUAUUGUUAAUCUAGUUUUAAGCAAACGCCAGAAACUGACCCUGAAACGGAUAAACUGCCCCGAUCGAUAACGAAAAAUCAAACAUACCGACUUACCAAUCAACAACACGACAAUAAACUGUAUUAGCAAAAGAAUUUAACUUCCCACUGAAAGCAAUAUACGCAUUAGGACCGAAAAAC